CCCUACCUUUCAAUGACUUCACCCUCUUUUUGCAUUUCAAUCUGACCUCUACCCGAUACCAACAGUUUUCAACUCACAUAUUGCACCUGGAGAGCCUCCCCUCACGGCGGUCCUCAACCUUUCCAUAAAAACUACUUCCAGCAUGACUGGCUCAACCAUCCUACGCCUCUCUAGGCGACUUCCUACCAUAUACAGUCCCAUCCAACCGGCCCUUAAAUCCCAUUUUCCCGCCUCAAGUCAGAUGUCACCCCUACGCACGCUGUCCACCACUCGAUCAAUGAAUGCUGCCGAAGCGAAGAAGUCUGCUGUGAAGAACCGCGAAGAGAUCAAUACUGACGCCGACGAGUAUUCACAAUCUGGGACCGACGAUGCAACAGCCAGAAACGAGCAAGCAGCCUUUGACCCCAACAUUACAGAUCCCCACGAAGCCAAGAAAAAGGCUGGUGAGGGCAACGAGGUUAAUCCGCUCGAGGCCAGUCCGGCCAACCCAGACCUCAGUCGGGGCACGGCCGAGGAACAAGGCGGGGCCAAGAAGAAGAUGUCGGAAGGUGGUGGAGGAAGAAAGGGAGGGGGUGAGAAGGGAAAGGGAGAACAAAGCGUAUGA